AUGGAGGCAGAGAACAUCCUGCAGGAUGCCACCGAGAGGCCACUGUUCAGGGAGAUCAAGCAGGAGGCUGACAUGGACACCACCUCUCUGGGAUGUCAAACAACUUUUGGAGACAGCGAGAUGACCCCAGAGGUUCCUUCUAGACUUCCUCCUCUUUGUGCCGGACUGGAAAUGGCUUCUGCCCAAUUGGAACAGGUUCCCAUGUCCCUUGAGGAGGUGGCAGUUCGUUUCAAAGAGGACGAAUGGGCUUUGCUGGAUCCGGGCCAGAGAGUGCUGCACAAAGAAGUCAUGGAGGAGAAUUAUGAGAAUCUGGUAUCUUUAGGUGAUGGGGGUGAAAGUGAUGGAGAAAACUUUCCUCAAAGCAAGACAACUGAACAAAAGCAGAAGUGGAGGAAGAAACGCUUGGCUUUGGUGGGGGCUGGCUUCCAUGAAGUUCCAAUACUAGCAGAACAUCGUGCAGGCAAGAAAAGGAAUAUUGAGAAUGGAGAGAGACUGUUGAUGUGCUCAGAGUGUGGAAAGGGUUUCAUUGGCUGGAUGAACCUUACUAAACAUCAGAGAAUCCACAUGGGAGAAAAGCCACAUGAGUAUUCAGAGAACAGGAAGCAAUUCUCUCACAGUUCAGACCUUAGUGCACACCAGAGAGUCCAUGUUGGCGAAAAGCGCUAUAAAUGCUCAGAGUGUGGAAAGAGCUUUGUUCAGAGCACGUACCUGAGAGUGCACGAAAGAAUCCACAGAGGGGAAAAGCCGUACAAAUGCUUCGAGUGCGGAAAGAGCUUCAGCUGGAGUGGAAACCUGAACAGGCACCACAGAAUCCACACAGGGGAGAAGCCGUAUCAAUGUUCCCAGUGUGAGAAGAGUUUCCGCCAUGGAUCAAGUCUUAAACUUCACCAGAGAAUUCACAAUGGAGAGAGACUGUUGAUGUGCUCAGAGUGUGGAAAGGGUUUCAUUGGCUGGAUGAACCUUACUAAGCAUCAGAGAAUCCACAUGGGAGAAAAGCCACAUGAGUAUUCAGAGAACAGGAAGCAGUUCCCUCACAGUUCAGACCUUAAUGCACACCAGAGAGUCCAUGUUGGCGAAAAGCGCUAUAAAUGCUCAGAGUGUGGAAAGAGCUUUGUUCAGAGCAUGUACCUGAGAGUGCAUGAAAGAAUCCACAGAGGGGAAAAGCCGUACAAAUGCUUCGAGUGCGGAAAGAGCUUCAGCUGGAGUGGAAACCUGAACAGGCACCACAGAAUCCACACAGGGGAGAAGCCGUAUCAAUGUUCCCAGUGUGAGAAGAGUUUCCGCCAUGGAUCAAGUCUUAAACUUCACCAGAGAAUUCACGCAGAGGAACGCACUUUAUAGACAUCGAGGUUUUGGUGGAAUACACAUGUUAAUUCACAUUACAAAAUUUGCACAUGGGAGAAACUCAACGGCUAAGAGCAGGGAUAGGCAAACUUGGCUUGGCUCUCCAGCUGUUUUGGGACUAUAGUUCCCAUCAUCCCUGACCACUGGUCCUGUUAACUAGGGAUGAUGGGAGUUGUAGUCCCAAAACAUCUGGAGGGCCGAGUUUGCCUAUGCCUGGCUAAGAGCCAUGAAUCACAUUCAAGAAUCCCCACAGGAAAUGAGUUUGGAAUCAGCAUCCUUCAGAGCAGACUGCUUUAGGUCGUAGCAAAGAAUGCCAGGAGAGUGUGGCUAUGAUUGUAUCCCUUCAGGAGAAAGCACAUGAAUAAUUACAGCAACCUUCACAAUCUGGUGCCCUCCAAAUAUUUUGGACUCCAAUUCUCAUCGGCCACAUGCAUCACAGCCACUGGGUUCCCCCCCAAAGAACUUGGAUGGUGGUCUGUAUUUUGUAGCAAAAACCCACCUUCCCACCAAAAUACAGAACAACCACAUAGGAUUUGUGUGCGGUUGGUGUAUGAUAGUAGCGUGGCAAACCCGCUAAUCCUUAGGUUUAGCUAGAGUAAUACUGGCAAACCAGUACAGUGUGAGAGAUAGGAAGGUGAGGUAUGGGUCAACUGUGCUGGGGGAGGCUGGAUGCACCUGGAAAGGUUUGGUUCGAACUGGUUGGAUCUAGCCUGACAGGGAAAGACCGGGAUGGGUCAUGCUGAGGUGAGAAGA